AUGAGGUUCCUCUCCCUCUUGCUCGCGCUCGCACCUGCGGCUGGUGUCUUCGGUCUCUGGCCCCAGCCCCGCUCCUUGGAGACUGGUUCGACUGCAUUGAAGCUCGCCUCAGACUUCGACAUCCAUGUCAGCGUGCAGCACCCGCCUUCGGACCUGUCGGACGCCGUAUCGCGCACCAAGUCUUUCUUGCAGAACGACAAGCUUGGACGGCUCGUCGUCGGUCGUGGGUCUUCGGACAGCAGCGCCCUCAAGACGGCGAAGUCGCUCAAAACACUUCAGCUCUCGCUCUCCAAGGGCGCGACCGUGCGGAGCAUCACAGAGGAGUCGAGGUUGGCGCUCGGAACUCGGAGCGAGGAGUACAUAUUGGACAUCCCUGCGGACGGUUCGACGGCUACGCUUACUGCGAACUCGACGCUCGGGCUGCUUCGUGGCCUCACGACUUUCUCGCAGCUUUUCUACGAAUGGUCGGGUCAGAUCUACACCGUAGAGGCACCCAUUUCUAUCACCGAUGCGCCUGCAUACCCCUGGCGAGGCCUCAUGCUGGACACUUCGCGGAAUUUCUUCCCUGUUGCGGAUAUCAUGCGUACGCUUGACGCCAUGAGUCUGGUCAAGAUGAGCCAAUUCCACUGGCAUGUUACCGACAGCCAAAGUUUCCCGCUGGUCAUCCCUGGGUUCACCGAGCUCGCGAAUGCAGGCGCGUACGACCCCAGCAUGGUGUACUCCCCAAGCGACGUUCAGGACAUUGUCGACUACGCUGGCGCCCGUGGCAUUGACGUCAUGGUGGAAAUUGAUACACCCGGCCACACCGCUAUCAUCGGGGCCGCGCACCCCGAGUACGUUGCGUGCGCCGAGGCCUCUCCAUGGACCACCUUCGCGAACGGUCAUUACCCUCCUCUCCCCUUGCUUUUCAAACCUCCCGCCGGCCAGCUUCGUCUCGCAUCGGCCACGGUGGCUAAUUUCACCGCCAAGAUGUUCACCGCUGUCGCCAAGAUGUUUCCAUCGACGGUCUUGAGCACCGGAGGCGAUGAGCUGAACACGGAGUGCUACGCACAGGACUCGGAAACCCAGGCGGACCUGACCUCGACUGGACGGACGCUCGAGCAGGCACUAAGUGUCUUCACGCAGACGACGCACGGGGCGUUGAAGGCGGCAGGGAAGACGCCUGCCGUAUGGGAAGAGAUGGUAUUGGAUCACAAUGUCACGCUCUCAAACGAGACAGUUGUCCUAGUUUGGAUCUCGUCCAUGAACGCUGCGGCAGUCGCGGAGAAGAACUUCCGUCUUGUUCACGCCCCGUCCGACUACUUCUAUCUGGAUUGCGGCGCAGGAGAGUGGAUCGGAGACGAUGUGGCUAAUAGUUGGUGUGAUCCCUUCAAGACAUGGCAGAAGGCAUACACCUUCGAUCCCCAAGCGAACAUUUCAGCCUCCCAGGCCCAUCUGGUGCUCGGCGGCGAGCAAGCCCUCUGGACAGAGCAAUCCGGCCCAGAGAACCUCGAUCCUAUCGUCUGGCCGCGCGCCGCCGCCUCUGCCGAGGUGUUUUGGACCGGGCCGGGGGGCAACGGCUCUGAGGCACUCCCUCGUCUGCACGAUGUUGCGUUCCGGAUGAGGCAGAGGGGCGUAAAAGCCAUUCAGUUGCAACCGAUGUGGUGUGCGCUGCGGCCGGGCCAGUGUAAUCUAGACUCGUGA